UCAUUUGACAGAGUCGCAACGCACGUGCAAUUGAUGGUAAAUAAAUAAAACAGUGCGAAAAAAAUUGAGUCGAUGAUUGGUUUAUUAGAGGUUUUCAGCACAAUAUAUUUUAAUUCUUAAUUUUGAUUGGUGCUAAGCCCCAAUUAAAACUAUUCUCAAAUAUGGGUAAAAGACGGUUCAAUGAAAAAGGUCGGCAGCAAGUCGAAACAGUGAUUGAUGACACCGCAACCAAACAGAUAAAACUAGAUUUGAACGCCCAAGACGAUGGGUAUGGUGGAGCCGACAAUGCUAAUAUGUUGGUUCUACCAUCGCAAAAGCGGCCCACUAAAAUCAAACGUGAAAAAACGGUCGUUACGAAAAUUCUGUCCAAGAAACAACGUAAACGGUUUGAGAAGAUUGUCGACCAGAAACGGAAAAAGGAAAAUCGAUCGUCCUUGAUAAGCGCAUUGGCUGAAGUGCAAGCAACGUCCGAGGAGCUCAAGAACUACACCAAGCUCAGUUCGGUUCAAACGAAAGGUCUGAAGCAAUUGUUCAAGGAGCAAAAAUAUGGGGUAGUAAUCGAACAACCAACUAAAGUGGCGGAGGAUUCCCAAAGUCAGGAUGGCCAACGGAAGCUAAAAAGCUUGGUUGGGAUGAGAAAACAACGCUUGGCACUAUUGCGAGCUCAACAAGGAACUCAGGAUGAUGAUGAUGGAGAGGAGAAUGACCAAGAAGCUAAAAGGGAUUUGAAUACAAUCAGUUUAAACAACGAAAGCUCGUCGUCUUCAGCGGAAGAAACAGAUUCGGAAGAUUGUGCGUCCAUGGAAGAUGGGACUUCUAGUAAGAUAGAGGAAUCUGAACAAGUUCAGGCAACAGUACCACACGUUCAUUGCGAAAUAGAAUCCAAACCCGGUCCUGCUUCACAGGAGUCUGAACAAUUGGACAAACCUUCUGAAAAGAAAGCAAAUAAGGAAGUGGAUAGAAAGCCGGCCACUUAUGUUCACGUGGAGCGCGAUGCUGCAAUUCAGGCCGCUCGUUUGAAGCUUCCCAUUCUUGCUGAGGAGCAAAUCAUUAUGGAAACGAUCAGCGACAAUUCAAUCGUUAUAUUGGCUGGAGAAACCGGAAGCGGUAAAACAACUCAGGUGCCUCAAUUUUUAUACGAAGCAGGAUUUGCAAAUUCUGAUCGUGGAUUAAUUGCUGUCACCGAACCACGACGUGUAGCAGCCAUCUCAAUGUCCAAACGUGUGGCCAUCGAAAUGAACCUAUCCACAGACGUGGUUUCCUAUUUGAUUCGUUUCGAAGGCAACGUAACCGAUCGCACGAGAAUCAAGUUUGUUACCGAUGGUGUGUUGCUGAAGGAGAUUGAAAACGAUUUCCUGUUGUCACAAUACUCGGUGAUUAUUCUGGAUGAAGCUCACGAGCGAAGUGUGUAUACGGAUAUUCUUGUUGGACUACUUUCGCGGGUUGUGAUUCUUCGUGCAAAGAAGGGCAAGCCACUGAAGUUGAUAAUCAUGUCGGCAACGAUGCGAGUGAAAGACUUCACCGAAAACCGGUCGCUGUUCAGCAAAAUUCCCCCGGUUAUCAACGUAGAAUCCCGGCAGUUUCCUGUAACAGUUCAUUUCAGCAAAACCACAGUUAGCGACUAUGUUAGAGAAGCCUAUUUGAAGACGGUCAAAAUUCACACCAAACUACCGGAGGGUGGGAUACUCAUUUUUCUCACCGGGCAGAAGGAGGUUAAUCAUGUGGUAAAUAAACUGCGUAACGCGUUUCCAUACAAAGGGAAAGGUUCAUCUGUAGCAAAUAAAGUUGGUGGAAAAUCUCCAUCUGCGGAUGUUUCUGAAGAAGAAGACGAAGAGCUACAGCGCAUUGUAAACCCGAAAAAGGCAGCAAAAUUAGAGAAAAGGAAAAAGAAGAUCAAGCAUCAGACUGAAUCUCUUGGAGAAAUGGCACGAGUUGAGCUGCCGAAAAUAAACUUGGACAACUAUCAGCUCCCAUGGGAUGAUGCUGAAGCUGAUCAACGAGAGGACGAAGACGAGGCCGGGGGAAACAGCGGAGAUGAGAUGAGCGAUUUGGAGUCGGAUUUUGGUGAAGAUAUAAGUACUUCCGAAUUAAGCCAUAAUCAACCGCUGUGGGUUCUGCCGUUGUACUCAAUACUGUCGUCGGAGAAACAGCAGAAAGUUUUCGAAGAACCACCGGAAGGAACCCGCCUCUGCGUUGUCGCCACAAACGUUGCUGAAACAUCACUCACAAUACCCGAUAUCAAGUAUGUAGUUGACUGUGGUCGACAAAAGACGAAACUGUACGACAAGGUGACGGGAGUCACGGCCUUUGUAGUAACAUACAUUAGCAAAGCAUCCGCCAAUCAGCGUGCUGGUCGAGCCGGUAGAGUUGGUCCCGGCCACUGCUAUAGGCUCUACUCAAGUGCCGUGUAUAAUGAUGAAUUUGUCGAAUUUUCCGAGCCAGAGAUUCAGAAGAAACCGGUCGAUGAUUUGAUGCUGCAUAUGAAAUGCAUGGGAAUCGACAAGGUUGUUAACUUUCCUUUCCCAUCUCCACCGGACCGAACACAGUUAGAAGUGGCAGAACAACGACUUAUUCUGAUGGAUGCAUUGCAAGAAAGUAUCGUUAAUAACAAAAACAAAUCCCACACUCUUAGCCGUAUUACCAAGCUUGGUCGGACUAUUGCUGCCUUUCCCGUUGCUCCGAGGUUUGGCAAAAUGCUAGCCCUAAGCCAUCAACAUGGAUUGCUCCCGUAUGCAAUAUGCAUGGUGGCUGCUUUGUCUGUUCAGGAAAUUUUCCAGGAAGUGUCCCUAUCCGAAGACACUACAGAUCACCAAAAAUGGCGUUCAAAGAGGAAAGCUUGGGCUGGAACGGGUAAUUUGUUUCUGCUUGGUGACCCUAUGCUUUUGCUGCGUGCCGUUGGAGCAGCAGAGUUUGCCAAUAGCAAAGGGCGGCUUGCAGAAUUUUGCGAAGAAAAUGGCAUUCGUCUGAAAGCUGUUAAGGAAAUCCGGAAACUACGGGUACAACUUACAAACGAAGUAAAUGUUAACCUAAUAGAUCUAAACCUAACUGUUGACCCUGGCAUGUCACCUCCUAGCGAUAUUCAAGCUAAACUAUUGCGCCAGUUGAUGCUAAUUGGUAUGGCUGACCAGAUUGCCCGUAAAAUCCCGGAAAGUGAAAUUAAACUGAAGACGGACCGGAUUAAAUACAAACACGCAUAUAACCUUCCGAAUAUGGAAGAUCCCGUCUUCAUGCAUUCAAGUUCCGUGCUGCGCAAAAAGGAUCCAGAAUGGGUGUGCUAUCAGGAGGCCUACGAAACGGUGGAUGGUGGCAAAGCGAAAAUGUUCAUCCGUGGUAUAACGGCAAUUGAACCGGAGUGGUUGGUGCAGCUGAUACCCAAGUACUGCAAUAUCGUUAAAAUGCUAGAAGAACCGGAACCGACGUACGAUUUGACCGAAGAUAGCCUUCUUUGCCGUGUGGAAGCUACUGUAGGGAAGGCCGGAUGGGAGCUGCCAGCGGCAGAGGUUGAAAUGCCCAAGAACAUGUUGAGGUGCCAAUAUUUUAUUAAAUUUUUCCUCGCUGGGGAAGUUUUCCAUAAACUAAAACCGUUCAGAAAGUCUUUGCUUUCCUCGCCGGAUUCCGCCUUGAAGUCAUUUUCUUCAUCGAUUGCUCGCAUUUCUACCUUCGUCAAAACUCUGCUGCAGAACGAGGUUUUCGACAGAUCUCGACUGGAGGAGCUUUGGAGAACCGACCGAAACUUUCUUCUCGCCGAGUAUCAGCAAUGUCUGCCAGUGUCCUGUCAUUCUGAUGUGGCCAAAAUUUGGCCACCGGUCGACUAAGAAAAAGCAGGUAACAAUAAUUGUUGUGUUAAUUAAAGGUUACUGUAUAGCAUUAAAUCGGUAGUACCUAGUAAAUAUGCAUACAUGCAUCAUCGAUAUAUUUUU